UUUAUAGAAGUUUCCGCCUCAAAGCUUAGUAAUCAUCGAAUCCAGAGGCCAGAAAGAGCUCAAAUUCAUUUCCUUUCACACUAACCGAAACCGUCUCGGUUCCACUCCCGCACUCUCUCUCUCUUCUCUCUCUCUCUCGGUGCGUGUUUUUGUUUUCUAAAGAUGGCUGCUAUUUCGAAUUCAUUGAUUUCGAUUAGAGAUCCUCGAACCCAGUUUUCUCCUGGAUUUUCUUUAAAGCCAAUAAACCAGUUUCUUGGAAAUGUUGCCCCCGCCAACUUUUCACUUAAAACCAAUCGUACAGGGAAAUUACAACUUUAUACAUCCAAAAGAUCAAUUAUAGUUCAAGCUGGGUACAGUGAUCAUGGAAAGCCAAGCAGUGCAAGCAUCUUUGUAGGUGGCUUCAUUUUGGGAGGACUGGUAGUUGGGACACUUGGCUGUGUAUAUGCACCUCAGAUAAGCAAAACACUUACUGGAGCUGACCGGAAGGAUCUAAUGAGGAAACUGCCCAAAUUCAUAUAUGAUGAAGAGAAAGCUUUGGAGCCCUUCUUUUUGCAGAAAACGAGGAAAGUAUUGGCCGAGAAAAUCGCACAGCUGAACUCUGCUAUAGAUGAUGUCUCUACUCAGCUCCGAUCAGAAAAAGAACCAAAUGGUGUUGAAAUGAACUCAGAUGAAGUUGAGGCUUCCAUAUAAUUAUCUUUUACAUUUUGGUGUAAAUGGCCUUCUCUGCCAGUAACUUACAGAUUAAUAAAUAAUAGUUUAAUUUCGUUAA